AUGACACACAAUAACGUGGAGAACAUUGGCCCCGAUUCCGUCCUUUCGGUAACGCACUUCCCGUUUUCGGACGUCGUCUUUAUGAAGCGAUCCGUGUCCGAUGGAGGUCGGCCUAUCUUACCUUACGUCAAUGACGAGAGCCUCUGGUUUGGGUCUCGCGGAACUAUCCCAAAAAGAACAAGGAGCUUCCUCGAGGAACUAGGUGUCGACAUUAAGGACGUAGCGAGGUUGGCUGAAAAUAUAGUCCUCGACUCCUUGGGAAUCAUUCACCACCACGUGAAUGGCUAG